CGCUGCGGCGGUCACAUGAUCGGCAAAGCUGUCCACCGGGGUCUCCUUGAGCUGCGGUUGCCGGAGCGUCAGGGGUUUCUUUCGCUAGCUGGGACGUCGGUUUCCCCGCUCCACCCCUAACCUUCCCCCCAACACUUUCCUUCCUCCCUCGUUUCUUCAUCCACCACUUCCCUUCUACCCUCCUGCCAUCGCCCCCCUCCUCGGCGGUUAGCAGGUCGGGGUGCCUCUCACCACCACUGCCACCGUCAUUGUCGUCGUCGCCACCAACCGCCGCCCGGCUUAUUCCCCGAGCGCGUCCCGCGCCCCAGUCCGCUCUUGGCCAGCUCGGCGCGCGCCCCCCACCCCCACCCCAGGUCCGUCAGUCCGUCCGUCAGUCCCUCCUUCCUGCGCCCAUGGCUGGACCCGGCGGCGCCCGGACGCCCCAGCGGCUGCUCCUACUGCUUCUGGGACUCAUACAUGUUGCAUCUUCAAUAUUUGUGGUGAAAAAUGGCACUGAAUCUGCCUGCAUAAUGGCUAACUUCUCUGCUGUCUUUUUUAUGAAUUAUACCACUAAAAGUGGUCCUGGGAAUACAACUUUUAGUCUUCCACAAAAUGCAGCAGUAUUGGACAGCAGCAGUUGUGGUAAAGAGAAUGCUUCGAAUCCCGUCCUAGAAAUUGGUUUUGGAAAAGGACAUAUUUUGUCUAUGAAUUUCACCAGGACUACUCAAAGUUACCAAGUUCAGCUCUUAAGUUUCUCUUAUAACUUGUCAGAUGCAACUUUCUUCCCUAAUGCAAGUAAAGCAUCCAAAGACCUGAGUGUGAAAUCCAAAACUGAUAUUCAGGCAGACAUAGAUAAAAAGUACAGAUGUAUGAGCGGUAACCAGAUAACUAUGAGUAAUGUGAUAAUUACCCUUAGUGAUGUCACGAUUCAGGCAUACCUUUCAAAUAAUAAUUUCAGCAAGGAAGAAACUCGUUGCAGUCAAGAUACACCUUCCCCAACACCAGUGCCUACUACACACCCAACAACAACAACCAUGCCUGUACCAACACCUACCAGAACUCCUACUCCAGAAAUUCCAUCUGUUUUUAAGUAUAAUGUAUCCGACGCAAAUGGAACCUGUUUGCUUGCCAGCAUGGGUUUACAGCUGAACAUCACCUAUGUUAAAAAAGACAAUUCGAGUGUUACAACAGUAAUGAAUAUCAACCCAAACAAGACUGCUGCAGGUGGGAGCUGUAGUCCUCAAGUAGCAAUCCUGGAGCUGCACACUGAAAAUUCUACACUUACUUUCAGUUUUGGACUGAAUGCAACUACCAGCAAAUUUUUCCUUCGAGAGAUUAGCUUCAGGACAUUUUUUCCUGAUGCUAAAGAACCCACUUUUGGAGCUGUCAAUGGUUCAUUGAAGGAGCUACAAGCCACUGUAGGGAAUUCUUACAAGUGUAAUGCAGAAGAAAAUGUUCAAGUCACAGAUGCGUUUUCAGUCAACAUUUUCAGAGUUCGGGUCCAGGCUUUCAAGGUAGAAGGAGACAAAUUUGGAUCAGUGGAGGAAUGUCUUCUGGAUGAGAACAAUAUGCUGAUCCCCAUUGCUGUUGGUGGAGCCCUUGCCGGACUAGUCCUCAUUGUUUUGAUCGCUUAUCUUAUUGGAAGAAAGAGAAGUCAUGCUGGAUAUCAGACAAUUUAAUGAUUGCACUUAUUUAUCCACCACUCUAGAUCAAAAGUAGUUGCAAGAAGCCUAUGGUUCAUUUCCCUGAGCUUAAAUUGGUAUUGAAAGGGAGGCACACUUUCUUGCAAACUGUCGUCCCCUCUCUUCUUCCCCCAAAGUCUGCUUUAUCAAAUGUGAAGUCCAUCUUGCAACAUUUACUAUGCACAAAAGAGUAUCUUCUGAAAUGAUGGUGUUAAUUUUGCUAACUUGGUUAAAUAUUUUGCUAACUGGUUAAAAGAUUAAUAUUUACCAAAGUAGACGUGUAAGCUAAGGUUAAGAGUGCUUUUCUAAAUUGGCAUUGACUCCAUUAUCAUUUAACUUUUUAAGACUGGUGUUCAUUUAUUUCAUUCUUUACUUCAGAUUUAAGCCUCAUAAAGGGAAAAACUUCAGUCUUACUACUUAUAACUGCCCUGUGAUGUAAGUUAGCAAAUUGUUAUGCUUGAUACACUUAAGAAAUUCAAAUAACAACUGAGAAAUCGAAACCUAAACAUUUUAAAGUACUACAGAAGGCAGGGCUCUGAAACUCUUUAAAUUAAGCUUUAAAAACCAGAAAAUGCCUGGCUUGUGCAGAGGGUGAACAAUGCAAUAUUCAGACCUUAUAGAAAUUCAAUUGGACAAAAUAUUUCUUUGGUAUUUUUAAUGCUCUGCCACUUAAAGAGAUGGUACUUUUUUAAAAAAUAAAAUGGGUGUUAUUUUUAUUUACAUUUUUUGUAAAGUGAAUUUCAGUCUUCUGUUUGAAGUUCCAGGGUGAUCCUAUUUCUGCACACGUGUACAAUAUAGAUUUCACUCUGCUGAUUUAUCUGCUUAAAGCUUGGUUGGGGUUGUACACUUUAAGGAUCAGUUCAUAUGUAUGCAUUGCCUGUAACAAUGCUAAUAAAAAAUUCUUUUUCUUUGUU